CCCUCCAUCCAUCCAUCCCUCCAUCGCUCCGCGCCGGGGGCGGGCUGCGCGGGGCUGCGCGGGGCUGCGCUCCUGUGGGCGGUGUCGCUCGGGGCCGGGCGGCCGUGCGGCUUGUCCCCGGCGCUGUCCCCGAGCCCGCGGCGUGCAUGGCCCUGCGCGGGCGGCGAUGGCUGCGCGCUGAUGGCCCAGCCCGCCGCGCUCGCCAUGGCUGCCAGGGACGAGCUGUACAGCCAAGUCAUCCCCCGGCGGAACCGCCAGCACCGCGCCGGGACCAUCAAACAUGGCUCGUCGCUGGACAUCCUGCUCUCCAUGGGCUUCCCCAAAGCACGGGCGCAAAAAGCKCUGGCAUCGACAGGAGGAAGGAGCGUUCAAGCAGCAUGCGACUGGUUAUUUGGGGACAGCUGAUCCUGCUUUGAGGACAAGGGAGUGGCAGAGGAUUCUAAACAUAGAUUUUUUUUUUAAUUUUUUUUUCCUCGUGCCCCUGCACUUUUUCUGCAUGAGAGGAAAGGCAGACCUUUCACAACCACCCACUUUGCUUUGCUGAGCCUGUCCUGCUUCCCUUGGCAGUGYGAGGACAGCAAGGUGGACGCUCUCACAGAAGCCCUGCAGGCCACGGUGAUGCGCUGGAAAUGCAAAUUCCCCACGCCACUGCCACUGGAGCUCUACACCUCCUCCAACUUCAUCGGCCUCUUCGUCAAGGAGGACAGCGCUGAGGUGCUCAAGAAGUUUGCUGCGGAUUUCGCUGCCGAGGCGGCGUCCAAAGCAGAUGUGCACGUGGAGCCCCACAAGAAGCAGCUCCACGUCACCCUGGCCUAUCACUUCCAGAGCAGCCACCUGCCCACGCUGGAGAAGCUGGCGCAGAGCAUCGACGUCAAGCUGGGCUGUGACUGGGUGGCCGCGAUCUUCUCGCGGGACAUUCGCUUCGUCAACCACGAGACUCUGCAGGUGAUCUACCCCUACACCCCUCAGAACGACGAUGAGCUGGAGCUGGUGCCGGGGGAUUUCAUCUUCAUGUCCCCUGUGGAGCAGAGCAGCACCAGCGAGGGCUGGAUUUACGGGAUCUCGCUGGCCACGGGCUGCUCGGGGCUGCUGCCCGAGAACUACAUCACCAAGGCGGAUGAGUGCGGCACCUGGGUGUUCCACGGGUCCUACUCCAUCCUGAACACCACAUCUUGCCCAUCCCUUCCAGCCUUUGCUGAUGGAGCUCUGGAGAGGAGGCAGCAGGAGGAGCAAGGGCCAGGGGACGCGGGGCCACUGACCAUCAUCUGCCAGAACGUGCAGCCCCUGAGGAGGAGCAGCCAGGGCCCCCAGAAGCGCUGCCUGUUYGUCUGCAGGCACGGCGAGAGGAUGGAUGUGGUUUUUGGGAAGUACUGGCUGUCCCAGUGCUUCGAUGCCAAAGGCAGGUACAUGCGCAGUAACCUGAACAUGCCUCACAAUUUACCUCAGAGGAGUGGCGGCUUCAGGGACUACGAGAAGGACGCUCCCAUCACCGUGCUGGGCUGCACCCAGGCCAGGCUCGUGGGUGAAGCCUUGCUAGAAACAAACACCAUUGUAGACUACAUCUACAGCUCGCCAUCCCUGCGCUGUGUGCAGACAGCCCACAACAUCCUGAAAGUACAUGUACCUCAUAUUCCCGUCAGCAAGCUGGUGGUUUCUGAGUCUUACGAUAACUACAUAAGCAGAAGCUACCAAGUAACGAAGGAAAUCAUCAGUGAAUGUAAAGGCAAAGGAAAUAACAUCCUGAUCGUGGCUCACGCCUCCUCCCUGGAGGCCUGCACCUGCCAGCUCCAAGGGCUGUCACCCCAAAACUCCAAGGAUUUUGUACAGAUGGUCCGAAAG